AAGCACAGGGUCCCAGAGGUCGGAAAGGGCCAGGAGAAGGGGGACCGGGUGAGCCCAGGUCCCAUGGGAAAGGGCAGUCAGCCUGGAACCCGUUCUUUGACCUCCCAGGGGAAAAAGGCCUUUGAGCGCAUCAACAGCCUCACAUUCAAGAAGUCACUGGACAUGAAGGCUCGACUGGAGGAAGCCAUCUUGGGCACCAUUGGUGCACGACAAGAGAUGGUGCGACGGAGCCGUGAGAGGAGCCCGUUCGGGAACCAGGAGAACGUACGCUGGCGGAAGAGCGUCACACACUGGAAGCAGACCUCGGACCGUGUGGACAAGACCAAGGAUGAAAUGGAACAGGAGGCCUUGGUGGAAGGGAACCUGGCCACCGAGGUGAGCCUGGUAGUUCUGGACACGCUGGAGAUCAUCGUGCAGGUGAGGCUGGACCCAGCAUCUUCCUGACCUCUGACCCGCCCC